AUGGUUAUUUUACUCCACGCUUCAGCUGCGAGGAUUUCAGGGAAUGAGAUUGAUCGGCUUGCCCUGCUCGAUUUCAAGCACUUGGGCCCCCAUCUCCCGAAUCUGCAGGAAUUUGAAUUCUACGGGAAUCAGUUCACUGGUAACAUUCCUGCUUCAGUUUCUAACAUGUCUAAACUUUGGAUUCUGGAAGUUUCUUCAAAUAACUUACAAGGGAGAGUUCUUAAUGGUUUAGGAAAUUUUCCAGAUCUUGAGGUGUUCAAUAUCGAAGCGGAUUCCUUAGGAAGUGACUCGCCUGGAGAAUUGAACUUUAUCGAGUCUCUAACAAACUGCAGCGACUUAAAUGAACUCGCCUUUGGUGAGCAUAACUUUGGAGGCAAACUGCCGAAUGCAAUUGGUAACCUGUCAUCUCAGCUCACUGAAGUUUAUAUGGAUCUCAAUCACGUAUCUGUUCCUAUACAUGUUGGCUUUGGGAAACUUGUCUAUCUUCUCGUAUUGAACUUGACACAGAACCUUUUUACAGGUGUUAUUCUUAGUGAUCUUUUGGAACUUCGAAAUUUACAGCACUUGAGCCUAAGUCAAAACCUUUUGUCCGGAGAGUAUAUUGUUAUCGAGUACCGGAAAAAGGACAGGUUUAAGGAGUCAUCUGCAGGGAUGUCAAUAGAGUCAGGAGAUUGA